AGUUUAGUUUUUUAUUUAGGCAAAUCUUUAAUACUAGCUCAGUGUGUUGGGUAUUCCGUCAGAUUCUUUUUUGUUUAGAGGAAUAAAAAAUUGUUAUGAGAAGAUUUACAUCAUGUCAACCCCACCUAUGUUUGGUUGUGUUGUCCCUGGAAGACUAGUGCAGUUUGACGCCCAACAAGUUAGUGAAACUCAAGUCAUCUUCAAUUUACCUUGUUGCGAUCAAAUCAACCAUGUAGCUCUGUUUCUAACUGGCAGUCAACCUCUACCUGAUGGCUGUGCGGCGGCGAUAUACCUGUGCUGGCCUAAACCAACACCAGCUUGGUUUAUGUUGGGACAUAUCUCAAAUGACAAACCAAGUGUGAUCUUUAAAGUAGCCAAGCCGAAAGAAACUGGUCUUCAAAAUCUGUUUGCGGGAUGGCAGCCCGUGACUUCAAACGAUGCUAUGGCCCAAAUCGGCAUUUCUCUUGAGCCGAUGGCAGAAGUUGCAGGAAAGACACCGGUUGUCAAUAGCGACGCUUCCACCGUGAAUUCGUUUGUAGAAUUUACCCAAAAGAUGUUGACGCACGUGUUUAAUUUCUGUUCGUCUUUCGCGCAAACACAAGUCGAGAUGAGUAUGCAACCAAACGAAGUGUUCGUGCCGCUGAGUGCUCUUCAAAAAUGGUACGAAACAUUUCAACGCAAAAUGACGAUGGAUCCGACUUUUUGGAAAAAUCUAUAGAAUUUAUUUGUAAUUUUUUUUUAAACGUCUUAUUAUUCUAUUAA